UGGCCCAAAACAAAAGCGCGGCUGAUGAUUGACAAGGUCUAGAGAGGGGCAAAGGCCCACAGUUAUCAAACGAACGCUAACUCACACUUUCAGCCUGUUUGAGUGAUUUACACCUAGCAGAGAAGGGAUACAGAAUCGAGUGCGAAGGGAGAGAUGAGGUCACCAAGAUGGGGUUAUUUCAGGAUUAUUACGGGUACUAUAGUUGGUGGGAUUCUUGGCUUUUAUCUUAUGCACCGCGCUGAACUCAAGUACAAGGAGAUGUGGGAUGAGAGAUUGAAGAGGUACGAAGAAGAGCUGAAUAAGAAGAAGAAUGAGGAGGCUUUUCAAGAGUCCCUCUAGCUUUUCUUGUAACCCUAACCAAAUAUUUCCCCUUUUUAAUGUCUAGUCAAAGAGAGAGGAGAUUUCGCCCACUAAAUGUGAAUUGGGUUUUGUUGUUUAUAUCAAUCGAUUGUGUGUUUAAUUUUUAUCAAAGUAUUGGGAAUUUAAAUAAUUGAAGAUAAUGAUGAUGUAAGGCAAAUAUCAGUUUUUGUUAACAGAGACUUUUUGCAUUAUUUCUAAGUGCAUCUCUUUCUUUCUUUUUAUAUGCAUGCCAUUGCUGAAGGAUGGAAGAAAUGUUUUAAUUUCAGAUGUCAAGAAGUGUGUAUAGAGACUUCUUCCAUGGGAAAAUGGGAACCCACUUGUAAUUAUUUCUUAUACUGGAGUAGUAAUUAUCAUAACAUAUACUGAUGCUUCUCUACUAGUUAAUUGAUCAGUUUCUUUUUGUUAGGACUACAUUCAUUGCCUUAAUUCUGUACGAUAGGAGGUUGACCGUAAUUAAAGGUUGAACCCAACCUUGAGGGUCUCCCACCGCCCCUGUACUGGAGUGUCGUGAGAGAGGUAAAUCACAGGUUAUGCCUCUAAGGGUAAAGAUGGAAGGCUAUUUGUACAUUUGCACUUACCCAAGAGCCAAAUCCAUAUUUCAGGAUUCGAACUCUUGACGCGGCAGCUUCAAGUAAAGUUGUAUUUCUCAACCCUCCCUUUUACUACUUGGAGAUGUGCGCUGGGGGCAGGAGGUUGACCGUAAUUGCUAUGCUUAAAGGAAGUGAGAAGGUUGAGGUUGUUUCAAUUCUUAUUAGUCAUUCACAGGCUAUACCAAAAGCAUCACCGUGAAGCAAUUUUAAGUAGCUAAAUGCUUUCACUUCUGUCUGUGUUGAGAUCAUGGUAGAAAUUUGAUUUGAGCCUAUCCUAAGGAUGUAAUUGAGUUUAUUGGAAUAUAGUUUUUGCUGUCAAAGAUUA